AUGCCUCACUUCUAUAUUGCCCCUCCCCAGCUCAGGAUACAACAGAAGUUCCUGCUGAUUCUUCUCCUGCCUCUGAUACAACCACUGUGGAUCCCGCCACCACCUCUGCUGCCGCCACGGAGUCCACGGCUGCCGCCACAUACCACGGCUGCCGCCCACAUCCACCGGCCGCUCCCACCACAACCUCCGCUGCCGCCACAUCCACGGCUGCUCCCACCACAUCCACUGCGGCUGCCACAACCACCACUGCUGCCAAGACCCCCACGUCCUAUGAACAGUGCCUCCUUUAUUUUCGUUUUACCCCAUGGCUUAGGUUCAUUUUCUGCUAAAAGUUAUCACUGAGAUGGAAUCAGCCUCAGCCUUCUAUAUUUGAUCCUACUGGAUUCGGCCAGAAUGUCCCUUGAUUUGUUUCACUGCUAGUACUUUCCAGCCCUGUCAUAUCUCUCUUAUCUCUAAUCAGUUUCUAUUCAUUCAAAUAAAAUGAUGAGUGACAUC